UUUGAUUCGGAACCGACACGCUCCACUUUACACAAAACAGAUUCAAUCAAUUCAACACUCUCUCCUCCUCCUCCUCCUCCUCCUCCUCCUCCAAGGCUCCGAUUCGUUUCAAUGAAGGAUGGAGACUCCUCCUUACCAUUGAGCACUUCUUCUUCUUCUUCCGCCGCGGCGGCUAAGAAGGAAACCAGUGGUUAUUCCGCUCUCUUCUCCAAAGGCCGAUACAAGUUUUGGGCCUUGGCUGCGAUUCUCUUACUCGCUUUCUGGUCUAUGCUCACCGGCACCGUCAACCUCCGUUGGUCUGCCGGUAACAUUAACCAUUUCACCGACGAUCUUGUCUUCCCGAUCCACGAGGAUCUCGAUGUUCUUGAAAUGGAGGAGAGGGAGAAAGUGGUGAAGCACAUGUGGGAUGUGUAUAACAAUGGCCGCCGUAUCAGGUUACCUAGGUUCUGGCAAGAGGCGUUCGAGGCUGCUUACGAGGAGCUUACCAGUGAUGUUCCUGAUGUCGUUGAAGCUGCUAUUUCCGAGAUCGCUAGGAUGUCUAUUCGCUCCGUCGUCAUAGAUCCGCCUCCCGUUCAUUCUACGAAUGUACGAGAAUUGACAAAGACUCUAAAACUUGCCGACAAAGGAAGAGCGACCCAAAUAUUAAAACCAAGCAGCCGACGAUUGAAAUAGCAACGGAGCUUCUCAAGUUUUUUACCAAAGGUAGUGUAGUCGGCUGGCGUGGCGUGACCAUACAUAUACUUAAUGUCAGAAAGAUCAACCAAACUCAUCAUCCCUAAAAAAAUAUGUCCAUCAUUAGUGUUAUUUUUUCUUCCACUAGGGGCAUGAAUCAUUUCACUAUCAUCUCUAUAAACAAAUUUUUUGAGGAAGUUUCUUCUCCACAGCUUAUUUUGGCUCUGAAUGGUAAUGUCUUUUUUUUUUUUUGGUUUAAUGAAAUGUUUCAUAUA